CGCGCGCGGGCGGCGGAAGGGGCGGGGCGCGGCGCGUGACGCGGCGGAAGGGGCGGGGCGCGGCGCGAUGGCGGAGCUGGACCUGCUGGGCUCCAUCCUCAGCGCCAUGGAGCGGCCGCCCGGGCUCGGCGACCAGGAGACGCGGCGCCGCGCGCGAGAACAAGCCGCCCGGCUGAAGAAGCUGCAGGAGCAGGAGAAGCGGCAGAAAGUGGAGUUCAGAAAGAGGAUGGAGAAGGACGUGUCUGAUUUCAUCCAGGACACCACACAGACCAAAAAGAAAUUCCAGCCUAUGAACAAGCUUGAACGCAGCAUCCUGCACGAUGUGGUGGAAGUGGCCGGCCUGACGUCCUUCUCCUUCGGUGAGGACGAGGAGAGUCGUUAUGUCAUGAUCUUUAAAAAGGAGUUUGCCCCGUCGGACGAGGAGCUGGAGGCCUAUCGCUGCGGGGAGGAAUGGGACCCACAGCGGGCCGAGGAGAAACGCCACCUCAAGGAGCUGGCUCAGAGGGAGGCGGAGCAGGAGGCGCUGAGGGGCCCCGCCGUGGUGAACCCCAAUACCGACUACAAGGACAAAUACAGUCACCUCAUCGGCAAGGAGGCCGCCAAGGACGCUGCCCACACCAUGCAGGCCAACAAGGCCUACGGCUGCGUUCCCGUGGCCAACAAGCGGGACACGCGCUCCAUCGAGGAGGCCAUGAACGAGAUCCGGGCGAAGAAGAGGCUACGGCAGAGCGAGGACGAGGGGCCGGGCGGGGCUGGGACCUCCUAGUGCUGCCGCGGGGGGGGGGAAGAGCAGAUCACAGGGAAUGACCCCAAACCUGCGGCUGUGUGUGAACCUUGCUUGGGGCAUCCUGGCUGGUGGGGGGGGGCUGCCCUGCCCCCCCACAUUCCCAGUUUACUCCCCUCCCUCUGUAUUUACCCACUAGCCUAGGAGAGUUUUUAGGAUUUCAAUGUGUGUGUGGGGGGGUAUUUUAAGUGAUUUGUUUGGAAUUGUUUUUUCUCUCUAGUUAUGGGGGGGGGGGAGAGUCUAUUUUUGGGGUGUGUUGGGCCUGGGGGGGCGGGAGGCAGGGAAUAGAGAUCCGGGUGCAGCGUCGCCUUCCCCCACCAGAGGGCGCCUGGGGCCUCAGAACAGGCUGCAGCAUCCCACUGCUGCCACCAGAGGGCACUGCUCGUAUGGGGGGGUCCCCCAAACGUCUGAACUCCCUCCCCCACCCUUGGGGAAAUUAGCCUGUGCGAGAGCCGGAGGAAAGGGGCUGGGAUCCCUGCCGGGGGGGGGGGCGGUGGCUGCCUGGGGGUAAUUUUAAUCUGUUCUCUUCGCUGGGAGCUCGCGGCCCCUCAGCUAAUGGGUGGGGGCAGGGGCGGGGAUUUGCUUGUUAUUUAACUGUAAAUAGAAUCAAUCCCCAGGCCCAGAGCUCUGAGCAGGGGGCAGCCAGAUCCCCUCCCAGCAAUGUGUUGUGGGGUGCAUGCCCCCCCAUGUGUGGUAAUGGGGGGGCUGCAGGAGCAUCACCCUAAUAAACCUGUCUCUGUUGAAUCAUGA